AUGCGGCUUUCCCCUCAGCAGACUAGCAAGAGCGCGGCUCACACUCACGCGAGACCGAAUUCACGGACGCCAAUUUAUGCCGUGAAAAUCGGAAUCUCGGCUAUCACUUCGGAGCUAUCGUUGACCAGUGCGCUUCUGGGAGACAAUUUCACCGCCCACUGUGGCAACGCUGUCGCAUGCCUAUCCGCACGACUUUCGGACUCAAGUCUCUCAGUCCAACAAUUUUCAGCCCGGUUGCCUGGGGUGUGUCUUGCGAUAUUGGCAUUUGCAUAUGUAUUUGACAUUGCAAACCAGGCCUUCUCUGUGGAGGAGGAUUCUCUCAACAAACCCCAUAGGCCUAUCCCCUCCGGCAUAAUGAGUAUGGAGGGGGGUUACACGCGCUGGCUAUUGAGUUGGAUUCUAUUCCCCAUCCUGCUCCAUCUUACUGUGGGCUUCCAAGCCACUACAUUUCUGGUCCUGUGGGAAGUCUGGGUUUUGCUCUUCUACGUGUGGCCGAAGUUCAACAACUGGGCCGCGCGCAAUCUGUUCACAGCAGUUGGAGCCGUUCUCCAGCUGAGUCUGCUUGAAGCGUUGCUCACGGAUCUCAACUUACCUAGUAUGGAGGAGAGCUCGCUCCGGUGGCUCUUGUUUAGCUGGUUAGUUACGACCAUUCAUGUUCAGGAGUUUCAUGACAUGGACGGCGACAGGAAGGCCGGGCGUCAAACACUGCCACUGGUUCUGGAUCAACGGGGGCAAUUCUGGCUACGAGGUGCCACGGCCACACUUAUCGCAUGCACUGCAAUUUCCAAUGGUUUGCGGGUCGAUUACGCAACUGUGUCAUUGGAACCAGCGCUGUUGCUUCUAGGGCUGUGUCACCUCCUUUCCAUGCUAACGGUGGCUGUGCGUCUUGUGAAGCUACCGUUCAAGGAGGCCGACAAGGUGACCUACAAGUAUUACUAUACUCUUGCAACUUACACUAUGCUGCAUUUUCAUGUCUGUGCGGCGCGACGAUUGUGGGCAAUAGAAUAG